UGUAACCCUCAAGAUGGAACGAAUCACUCUUGAUUAACACAAAAAACUUCAAACUCUUCCUUGCAGGACUAAUAGACUGUUGUGUAGAUAGAAUUAGCAUGGCGUCACUGUAACACUUACAUCGAGUGUUGUGACUGCUCGACAGAUAUUUUUGAUGAAGAAGAUGGGUCAAUAGGAUGAAGAUAUCACCCUAGUGCAUGACAAGAUGAAGAGUUGAUGUUUUUUGGUGCCAUAGGCACAACUACGUCUUGCACGAUUUGGUUGGAACAAAGCGACACUUUUUUAAAGCUAAAUAUUCGGGUAUCACCGACCUGCAAGAGAAUAUAACCUAGACUUUUUUUAUCAGGAAGCAAACGACGACUACAACGACGGAACAAGAUAUAACCUAGACAUUUUUUUUCAGGAAGCAAUCGACGGAAAAUCCUCCUUUUCUCAUCCGCCUAUCUUUCUAAUCAACGAAAACGAGAACAUCAAGAUGCGAGGUUCUCUCGAGGCUGGUCUUCCAGCUGCUUUUGCGGAGAGGUUUACGGGCUUCGUGCCCACAACACCGGAAGCCUUACAUGUGGUGAUGAGCGGCAAAAAUGACGAGGAAGCAGUGGAACACAAGACGAGUGCAUUGUUUCAUUGGUUUUUCGCUUUCCCGCUACACGAGUCGUGCCUUCUGUUUACACAGAAAAAGGUGGUACUAGCAGCGUCGGAGAAGAAGACCGCAUAUCUGGUUCCUAUGAUGUUGAAAGCAUUGGACGUAAGGAGGAAGAGGCUAGCGGAAUCGGGACACCAGAUGCCGGAAUUUGAAGUCAUCUUAAGGCAAAGCUGUAAGUUGCUUUGAUUCUUGUAGUUGUAUAGCAUCUCCCUUAGUUGUAGGACAUGUUGAAAGCGUUGAGAGGUGAGCGGCACUAGACUUGUUUCUUUCAACAGUCAGGAACUGUGCUUACCUGUAGAUGACAACGAGCUAGUGCGACUCCUUUUUUCAUCUCUAAUCCUUGCGAUGAACAAAGACGGCGACGACUUCGAGACCGAGCUAAAGGAGUUUUUGGAGCAGGCUGAGGUACUUACUACUUCUGCAUAGUCGUACCUACGUUUUUAGUGUCCAGUCAUACCGGGAUAAGGAUGUUUUUACCAUCAUGGUAUCGUAUGGAGGUAGUUGAAGAUUAUUCAAAACUCAUCUCCACAACCUCCUAACAGUAACAACUUCUGAGUACACGAACCAUUUAUCAAUUUGUAGGUAACCACUUGCCUGCACAUGCGCAAAGAGGAGCACAUUGGC